AUGCCAAAACUUUGGAGUUGUAUUGUAUCACAAACAGAUGAAGAAAAAAGACGUGCUCAAGUUAACAAACAAAUAAAUGCGAAAUUAAAACAUGAUGAAAGAGUUUAUAAAGCCACAUACCGUUUACUUCUUUUAGGUGCGGGUGAAUCGGGAAAAUCUACAGUUGUUAAACAAAUGAAAAUUUUACAUAAUCCAUUUACUGCACAAGAAAAACUUGAUAAAGUACCUGAUAUUAAACGUAAUAUACGUGAUGCGUUAACUAGUAUUCUUCGUGCUUGUGAUACAAUUAAUCCACCUAUACGAUUACAAAAUCCAGAAAAUCAAGCACGUGCUACAUAUAUGUUAACAACAGCACAUCAAAUAGAUUUUGAUUAUCCAGCAGAAUUUUUUCAAAAUGCACAAAUUUUAUGGAAUGAUGCAGGUGUACAAGAAUGUUUUCACAGAUCAAAUGAAUAUCAACUUGUUGAUUGUGCUAAAUAUUUUCUCGAUACUAUUAGUGAAAUUAGUAAGCCAAAUUAUGUACCAAGUGAUCAAGACAUUCUUCGUUGUCGUGUUCUUACCUCAGGCAUUUAUGAAACAAUUUUUACUGUUGAGCGCGUACGUUUUCAUAUGUUUGAUGUGGGUGGACAACGUGAAGAACGUCGUAAAUGGAUUCAAUGCUUUAAUGAUGUUACUGCAAUAAUAUUUGUUACCGCAUGUAGCGGUUUUAAUUUAGUACUUAUUGAAGAUGAAUGUCAAAAUCGUCUAAAAGAAUCACUUGAAUUAUUUAAAGCUAUUUGGAAUAAUCGUUGGUUAAAAACAAUUUCAGUUAUUUUAUUUCUUAAUAAACAAGAUCUUCUAGCAGAAAAAAUCAAAGGUGGUCACCGACUUGAAGCUCAUUUUCCUGAAUUUGCUCGUUAUGCUAUUUCAAAUGCUGAAUUAGACAGAGCCGAACCAAAUGAAGAUCCAGAAGUAACACGAGCUAAAUAUUUUAUUCGUGAUGAAUUCUUACGAAUUAGUACAGCUAUUGGUGACCAACAUCAUUUUUGUUAUCCACACUUUACGUGUGCUGUUGAUACAGAAAAUAUUCGUCGAGUAUUCAAUGAUUGUCGCGAUAUCAUUCAACGUAUCCAUUUAAGACAGUACGAAUUACUGUGA